CCCCGAUUUUUGCUCCUCCCCUGCAUACAUUUGCACGGCAUCCAACUAGAGUGGUUCAUUUUAGCUAGCGACAGUCUUUCUCCCUACAGGUAGCCUGAAAAACGAAGACAUUCACAGACUGCUAGUGCACAACGACGUAGACUCGAAAGUACCGAGUUCGAAACAGCAGUCAUUUAAGUCAGGGCAACUCCAACAGACAAUAUGUCCAGUGAAAACACGGGUCUCGUCUAUUUGAUCACCGGAGGAUGUGGUUUCCUUGGACAGCACCUGUUACAAGUUCUUCUUGAGAAGGAAGACAAAGUCUCAGAGAUUCGCCUGUUUGACAAACACAUUGACACUAGUCUGAAGGAUCGAAGCACAGAUCGGGUGAAAGUGUCUGUGAUCCAGGGCGAUAUCACAGAUUACCCCAGUGUGUUGGAGGUCUCCAGGGGAGCCCACCUGGUCAUUCACACAGCCAGUUUGGUGGAUGUCUGGAACAGAGUCCCUGAGAAACUCAUACACACUGUCAAUGUGCAAGGGACAGAGAACAUGAUCAAUGCCUGUGUGGAAAACGGGAUCCAGUAUUUAGUCUACACCAGCAGUAUGGAGGUGGUGGGGCCCAAUAUCAAAGGAGAUCCUUUCAUCAGGGGCGAUGAAGACACAAAGUAUAAUGUUUACCACGACAUGCCUUAUCCCAGGAGCAAGGCGGCAGCAGAGAAACUGGUGAUUGAGGCCAAUAGCACAAAGGUAAAAGGAGGUGCCCCUCUGUAUACGUGUUCCCUAAGGCCUACCGGCAUCUAUGGUGAACAGCACCAGCUGAUGAAGGAGUUUUACCAGAAUGGGGUGCGGACCGGAGGCUGGCUGAUUAUGGGAAUCCCUCCGGAAACAGAACAUGGGCGGGUAUAUGCCGGCAAUGUGGCUUGGAUGCAUUUGCUGGCGGCCCGCUCACUGCGUGAGCACCCUGAGAGGUUGGGAGGGGAAGUGUACUUCUGCUACGAUGACUCACCCUACAAGAGCUAUGAAGAAUUCAACAUGCAGUUCCUGUCAGCCUUCAACUUCCGGCAAGUUCGCGUGCCGGUGUGUCUCCUGUGGUUCAUUGCCUGCCUCAACGAUCUGCUGCACUGGCUGCUCAAACCAGUGUGCUGCUACGCCCCGCUGCUCAACCGCUACACACUCGCUGUGGCCUGCACCUCCUUCACCGUGCUCUCCGACAAGGCCCAGCGCCACUUCCAGUACCGCCCGCUCUACGACUGGGAGCAGUGCCGAGCCCAGACCCAGAGCUGGGUUGACACUUUUCCCCUCAUCACUGCCCGUGCCAAGAAGGCCUGAAUACACUCUUGUGUACGCCUUCUGAAUACUUACUAUUUAUUUUCUUACACUCAUUUUCUCUUGCAAUACUGUUUAUGACGACAUGCAUUUGGCAUUAUUUCAAUCAACUGAUGAAAUACUGGAAUGAGUGUAAAGACAACUAAUGCACAUUGUUAGAGGCUAUGUGAUGGUAUUCAACUAUAUUUUUAUAGAUAUAUAAAAGCCAGCCAGCCAGCUGAUGGUUCUCAGAUUAUCUUUUCCUGUUUUCUUCACGUUAAGACUUGGCAGCAUCUGCCAGACGAAGUUAAAUAAAAUCAGCUUCCAAUUGUUUUAUAAUUGAAAUAAACAAAAAAGCUGAAAAAAGAGUUGUUUGGAGAUAAAAUCUUCCACAUGAAAUGUCCUUUGAUUUUCUGUCAAAAAUGUGCAACAGAAUAAACAGCACAAUAGAUCAGAAAGUCUGAAUUAGACAGACUGAGUCUGAAAAGACAAAGUCAUAACAUGUGUAUUGUAUUGCUUUUUCAUUUUGUGUACUUUUCUAGUCUCAAGUCGGUAUGUAUGAAGUGAACUGUAUGUAGCAUUAAGGUCUUGCGUUGUCAGUGUUAUAAAUGGCCAAGAAAGUUUGACAGAUAUUUGUAGUGCAUCCUCUCUAGAUGUUUUAACUGAGGUGAUGCCCAGAGUAACAGCAAGGGUGAAAGAACAGAACGGGAACCCUAAACAACCAACUACUGGUCACAUUAAGUAUGGCAGUGCUUUUACAGCAUAAUAGCUAGUUACCUAUUUGGUGAUGAGUUUAUGACCUACUCUGUACUUAAAAAAUAUGUUCAGGCUGUUUAAUAGCUAGCCUAAUUAUUAAUACAAUGGACAUACACCUAACAUGAACCAAUCCAAAGAAUGGAAUGAUACGUAGCCGAUUAUAAAACCGUAUUUGAUCCGUCCAGAUUUGAUCUGUUUUAAACAAGCAUGCUGAUCAAAUUCAAUUUAGGUAGUUUAACUGCUUAACAAUUUAAAAGCUUAACAUUUGAGUUAAACUGAUUGUUUCUACAUUUAAUUUCAUCAAUGUUAAAGCUAUGAAACAGCUGAUGGACAUCUCUUUUUUCAUUUAACGUUUAACUGAUUGAUGAAAGUAAAUGUUAGCUGUUCAACUAUAGAUAUUAGGUUAAGGAAAAGCUAUGCAACAGCUGAUGGGCAUUUGGUAAAAAAAAAAAAAACAUUGGUAAUAAGCUAUACAAGCCUCUCAAUCUUUGCACCGUGGUGUUGGGAGCAACUUUUUUUUCAAUGACAAAGGGGGCCAGCCAUGAAAAUUUGGGAAUCACUGUAUAAGGGUGAAAGUUUUCUGCACUAAAAUGUCCCUUUUCUCCCGGUUUGCCUCUGGUAUGACAAGUAUGAAAGUUGUUGAUAUUUAAAUAAAUAGAUAUAAUCUAUAUAAAGAUAAUCUCAGUCUGUUGUCAUUUAGUUUAAAUUGUAGUGAGUUAUGAGAUAUACAUGUAAGUGUCCUUUGCAGAAUAUGUGAAAAGGUUAUAUCUGUAGGUGAGUGGAGAAAGAUUAAGUUGGAAAAGAGGCUUGCAUUUUUCGCCAUUAACACUUUAUUGCCCUAUAUUCAUCAGUUACCUCAGUGUCAUUGUAUUCAUCUGUAGCAUUAUCAGUUAAUAUAUCAUCAUAUACAAACAUGUAGAGGGAAUAGUUUAAAAUUUGUGUGUGUGUUUAUAUCUGCCUUACUACAGUAUUACUCUGCAACUGUGUUGAAUAGGGAAAAGAUCUGUCUAUUCCAAAUAUGCAAGGCUGUUUUAUUAUUAUAAUUAUAAUUGGCAUUUCUGAGCUGGUAAUUGUGUAGCUUGUGAUAUGUCAGAUAAAAGAUUGCAUCUGUCAUGACUAUCAGAGGCAUAUCAAUUCACACCUGUUAUUAGUUUAAUAUAUAUUUAAUUAAGAUAAAAAUUAUGUCAGUUAUUGACAAAUUUUCCUCAUUCAUUAUUUUAUUUAGUCAAAUUAUUUAUUUAUUGUAUUGUUUAGGUUAAAAAUGUAAGACAUAAAAUGAAUGUAUUUGUUUAAUUUCAAAUAAAUUGUCUUAUCUUUUGAAA